AUGGCGCCAAUUCCUCAUAAAUCGCACUUGUCAGAGAUCUAUGCCGAUGCCACACCCCAGUUCUCGCGGUACCGCAACUUGUUGACCAAGUUUGCCGAGCAGUAUGGGGGAAAUCGUGCACCUGAUUUGCUGUUGAGAAGUCCGGGAAGAGUCAACAUCAUUGGUGACCAUAUCGAUUAUUCGUACUUUUCAGUUCUGCCAAUGGCUGUAGAGGCCGAUAUGGUCAUGGCAAUUGCUUUGGACAAAGACUCGCAAUCCAUCGAAGUGUCGAAUGUGGAUUCUGUCAACUUUCCUUCUGAAACUGUCCCCAUCAGUAAAGACCUGCUUCAGAUCGAUGCUACCAAAUCCGACUGGGUCAACUACUUCAGAUGCGGUUUCCGAGUCGCUCAAGAGUACUUGAAAUCAAAAGAUAUUGCUGUCGAUUCUUGUCUUACUGGUAUGAAAGUUCUUAUUGACGGAAAUGUUCCUACUGGUAGCGGUCUUAGUAGUUCAGCUGCAUUUGUUGUAUGUGCUACUCUGGCUGUUCUUCAGGCUAAUGAUUAUAAAGACAUUUCCAAGACUCUGUUGACUCAACUGUCGAUUCGCUGUGAACAGCAUGUGGGUGUGAAUUCUGGAGGUAUGGAUCAGUCGGCUAGUAUUUUUGGACUCAAGAACCACGCUCUGUUUGUGUCGUUUGUUCCUGAAUUGAAGGUCAAGGAAUUCGCAUUCCCCGAAACCAAUCCCAAAUUGGCUUUUGUCAUUGCCAAUUCCUUGAUCACUGCUAAUAAACAUGAGACUGGUCCUGUUAAUUAUAACCUGCGAGUAGUCGAGGUGACUUUGGCAGCCAACAUUCUCGCCAAACGACUGGGCUUGACUAUUCCCAAGGACGGUAACUUGCAACAAGGAACUCUUCGUGGUGUUCUUGAGAAGUAUUUCGAAAAACAAGAUCCCUCAGCACCUGCUUAUGGUGUCGAUGUUGAAGAUUCUCGUAAGAAACUGUCGAAACUUUCUGAGAUUGUUGAUCAGUACUUUGGAGACAAGAAAGAUGGUCACACCACUGAAGAAGUUGCUGAGGAGCUCGGUCUGACUGUUGACGAGCUGAAGAGAAUUUAUAUGACUACAUACCCUGUCAGAUACGAGAAACUACAACUUUACAAGCGUUCUCUGCACGUCUAUGAGGAGUCUAAACGUGUAUUGGACUUCCUAUCUGUUCUGGAAUCGUCUACUAUCAAGGAAAAGCUUCCAGAACUAGGUCGUCUCAUGAACGAGAGUCACUACUCGGCCAUCCACAACUUCCAGAACUCGUGUCCCGAGCUCGACGACAUUUGCAACAUAGCUCUCGCCAACGGCUCCUCAGGCUCGCGAGUCACUGGAGCAGGGUUCGGCGGCUCCUCAGUCCACCUCGUUGCUGCCGACAAGGCUCCUACUCUUAUCAAAGCUCUCACCGAGCAGUACUACAACAAACGAUUCCCGAACCUCACCGAAGCCGAGCUCGCUGAAGCCAUCCUCAUCUCCGAGCCCGGCAACGGCACCACGCUCAUCGAACCGGGUCUCUGCCUGGACUAA